AUGCGCGAUUGGGGCGCCCCGCCCACCGCCCUGCUGGGGGCGGCCACCACCCACCACCACCCACCCUGGCGCACACCUGGACACCACCCACCGGCAGCGCCCCCGGACAGCCAUGCCCCGUUCAGUUUCUACCUGCUUUCUCAGUGGUUCCCCGGGGCCGACUGGACGGUGGGAAGGCAAGAUUUUAAAGUGAUGAACGCUCUCGGGCGGAAGGAAGCGGCCUCCGGAGCCGAGGCCGCCGCAGGCACCGCCCCCACCCCUUGCCAGGCGACGCACAGGUGUCCCGGGCCUGCGCGUGGCCACUCGGGUGCGCUCGGCUCCGCUCGGGCGCCUCCGCGGCAGGUGCGGCAGCGGGUGGGGGGAGGCGCCCGUCCCGGCCCGGCGCUGGGCCGGCGUGGUCGCUCAGUCGAGUGCUCGCGUCCGACGACGAAGGCCGAUCUCUCUGCGCCGCGCCGCCACGUCGCCACGCUGUAUUUUCACUCCUACGCGUGGCUUCCUCCUCCCGGCCCCUCUUCCCUGGUGCCCGCUGCCGCCUCCGCCGCCUCCGGCCACGGGUGCUGCCCGCAGUGCUGCAGCUGCCCCUGCCCUUGCCCCGUGCUGGUCCCCGCCGCCGCCGCCGCCCGCCCCCAGCCCGUGCUGCCGCCCCUAGCGCUGCCCCCCAGCGCCGCCGCCGCCGCCGCCGUCCUGCUGCCCCAGCACCUCGCAGCCACCACGGCCGCCCCCAAGCGUCUGCAGGACGCUACAGGCCUCGUCGCCGCUUCUCUCGCCCCCAACGCCACCGCUGCCGCCGCUCCGGCGACCCCAGCUCCAGCCACGGCCGCCGACGUCCAAAUGGUGAGUGUCGCAGACCGCUGGCGAUCUGUCGCUGCCCGGCUGUGUUCCAGGUACAGCGCUGGCUGAGGCAAGCUGCUAAAAGUUCGUAUAAGCAACACGUAUAUGGAUCUGCUAAC